UUUUUUUUUUUGCAUUGGCCAUCCUGAUUCCUGAAUGCUGGUUGCCGAUAGCAACAGGUCACCAAGAGCAACAGGCCGCCGGUUCCCCAUAGCAACAUGACGCGUGUUACCCAUAGCAACAGGACGCCGGCUCCCCAUAGCAACAUGACGCGUGUUACCCAUAGCCACAGGACGACGAUUCCCCAUAGCAACAUGACGCGUGUUACACAUAGCAACAUGACGCGUGUUACUCAUAGCAACAGGACGCGUGUUACCCAUAGCAACAGGACGCGUGUUACCCAUAGCAACAUGACGCGUGUUACCCAUAGCAACAUGACGCGUGUUACCCAUAGCAACAGGACGGAUACAAGUCGACACGGAAGUUGGCGGCGGCGGCAAGUCUAUGGUCGCUGUGGUCAGUUCUACACCCGCUCAAAAGUGUAGGUUUAAUUACAAGAUAUGCACACCAUCCUUGCAAUGAACGGCAAGUUACAAAGAAUCUAGAAGACCCAUAGAAUCAUGGAGGAACCCAAGAAGGAGGAAAAGAGGGAAGAGGAUCAGUGCCAAAACUUGGUUGAGGAUACAAUCAUGUUGGAAGCAGGAGUGUUUCCCACAGCUUUAUCUGAAGAACAACUGGCUGCGGCCACAGAGAAAUCACGACAAAAUCUAUUUGGAUCCAGUAAGAUUUUUUCUCUGGACACCAUAGAGAAGAGAAAUUAUGUUAUGUCGGACAUUAUAAAUGAUCGGGCUAAAGAACACUAUGAACGAGGCAAGAUUCUCCUGAACAGGGAUCUUUUGGAGGAAGCAGUAAUUUCAUUCAAUAAAGCCCUUACUCUGGAUCCUCAGCAGAAAGAGUUUUACCUGAGAAGGGCCGAGGCAUAUCUGUUGUUUGGCGAUUUCCAGUCUUCUGUCCUCAACCACAGGUUGGCCAGCAACUUGGACCCUUCAGAUGAUGCUGUUGUGACCCAGAUAGGCCACACCUUGUACAUCCAAGGUCAGUACCUGUUUGAAGUCAACAUGUAUGGCGAGGCCUUGGAAAUCUUUGCACUAGCUUCAGAACUGAGACCUGCAAAUCAACAUUACCACAUGCGCAGCAUUGCCACCUUGCUCGCAUUGGGAAGGCUUGAAGAUUGCCUCCAAUAUGUCACCAAGCAACUUGAGGUUGUAACUUCUAAUCCAGAGCUCUACAUCCUACGAGCAAGACUGCAUGACCACUUUUCAAAUGUAGUUAGUUGUUACCAGGAUGUCAGUCGUGCUCUGACCAUGGAUCCCUCCCAUCAAGAGGCUGUUUCGUUAAUGCAGACACUGGUGCAGAGAGCUGAAGAGGCUAAGGCUGGUGCAGUAAAUAAGGCUCUGCAAGGGAAUAUGAAUGGUGCACUCCAUUGCAUUAAUCAGGCAAUAAACAACAAUCCCAUUGAACUUGGCUAUAACAUCUUCAGGGGGACCGUAUUCAGAAGACUCAAGAAUUUUAAUGCAGCCAUUGAUGACUACCUCCAUGUCUUAAAUAAAGUCAGCAACAUGAAGCAAAGCGAGACCUACCUGGAGACUCAGAGGCAGCUCCUUCUCACCUACAAUGACUUUGCAGUGCACUGCUACCACAAAGGUUUUUAUGAGGAGGCAAUCCUUCUCUUAAACCAGAGUAUUAAGGAAGAGAAGCAGGAAAAAGGGUUGUACAUUAACCGAGGGGAUUGUUUCCUCAGGCAAUGUCAUCUGGACUUUGCACUGUUGGACUACGAACAAGCGCAGGACUUAGAUCCUGAUGACUGGCACAUACAGAUUCGCAUUGCAGCAAUCAACAAUGAGAAGGGUCUUUUGGACCAUCACAACAGGAAAUAUCAGCAGGCAGAGAAACGAUUUACAACGGCCAUUGAAGGAAACCCAUACAUGUCACAGUACUAUCUUCACCGGGCAAAAACACGGGAGGUACUGAUGCAGGUCACUGGGUCCCAGGAAGAUGCAGUCACCUCAUUGUUGUUGGACAUAAAAAACAAACAGAUUAUUCCUCUUCUAACGCACCUAUUCCCUGGAAAAUCAAUGGAUGAGAUCAUGGCCAGCAAGGUUGUUGAAUGUGCAAGAUCAAAGCUGAACGCCAGCCUGCACACAGCUGUACCACUAAUCCCAAGGGUGUUUCAGCAGAGCCUGACAGACAGCUCAUUCAAAAGCACCCAAAGGCCAGGAAUGUUGGCACAGACUAAGAGACCGUGAGAGUCGCCUGUCUCACUGAAAUCAAAUAAAUAUUUCCAAUGGAUUCAAGAGCAUGCCUUGCAUUAUAUUAAAGUUUUUACAACUA